AUGGACGUCUUCUCUGCAGUUUCUGGUUACAUCUCCAAGAUGGUGACGACGGGAGAUGCGGCGGGCACAAGCUCCUCCUCUAAGAUGAAGAUAUUGCUUCUUGAUAGUGAGACCUUACCCAUCGUGUCGACGGCCAUGACGCAGUCCGCCCUCCUUAACCAUGAGGUGUACCUCAUUGACCGGCUUGAUAACCAGUCUCGCGAGCGCAUGCGGCAUCUCAGAUGUCUUUGCUUUGUCCGCCCAUCUCCGGACUCCAUACAAUUUCUUAUCGACGAACUAAGAGCGCCCAAGUACGGAGAAUACUAUAUCUACUUCAGCAACAUUGUUCGCAAGUCGUCGUUGGAAAGGCUGGCGGAGGCAGACGACCACGAGGUCGUGAAAUCAUUACAGGAGCAUUUUGCCGAUUUUCUCGUGAUAAAUCCGGACCUAUGCCAUCUUAACGUCGGUUUUCCUAGACAGCGGAUCUGGAGCCAUUCCCCCGACCUCUGGAAUUCGGAUGCCCUGCAACGGACGACUGAAGGAGUAAUUGCGCUAUUAUUGUCCUUGAAGAAGACUCCCUUGAUACGAUACGAGAAAAACAGCCUGAUGGCAAAAAAACUUGCUACAGAGGUUAGGUACCAACUUACCCAGGAAGAACAACUAUUCAAUUUCAGGAAACCGGACACACCUCCAAUUCUACUUAUUCUUGAUCGCCGUGAUGAUCCAAUAACCCCCCUACUAACCCAAUGGACAUACCAAGCAAUGGUACACGAGAUACUGGGAAUCACCAAUGGUCGAGUUGACCUUAGCGAAGUCCCAGAUAUUCGUCCAGAGCUAAAAGAGAUUGUUAUUGCCCAGGAUCAAGAUCCCUUCUUCAAGAAGAAUAUGUAUCAAAAUUUUGGCGACCUUGGUGGUAAUAUCAAGGAAUAUGUCGAACAGUACCAGUCCAGGACAAAAACCAAUAUGAACAUUGAAUCCAUUUCUGAUAUGAAACGGUUUGUUGAGGAUUAUCCCGAGUUUCGCAAGCUUUCCGGGAAUGUGAGCAAGCAUGUCGCCCUUGUGGGAGAGUUGAGUAGGAACAUCGGAGAACAUGACCUAUUAAACGUCAGCGAGCUAGAACAAAGCCUAGCUUGCAACGAUAACCAUGCGAAUGACCUCAAGUCUCUCCAAAGGUUUAUACAAUCCCCUAACGUAACCGUGGAAAAUAAGCUGCGCCUUGUUGCCCUUUACGCCAUACGUUACGAGAAGCAACCUUCAAACACGCUUCCGGUUCUUCUCGACCUCCUCACAGCCGCUGGGAAUGUUCCCUCGCAUAAAAUAAACAUCAUUCCUCAGCUUUUAGCAUAUUACCAUUCCUUGCAAGCACCUCCAGUUGCUGGCGGGUUUUCAGACUUGUUCGAGUCAGCCUCUUUUUUAACCGGAGCUCGUGAUCGGUUCAAAGGGCUCAAGGGUGUAGAAAAUGUAUAUACCCAACAUUCUCCCCGUUUAGAAGCUACUCUCCAAAACCUGAUAAAAGGCAGGCUAAAGGAGCUCCAGUACCCUUUUCUCGAGGGUGGUGGGCAUACUCGCGACAAACCGCAAGAUAUCAUAAUCUUUAUGGUUGGAGGGGUGACAUACGAAGAAGCAAAGAUGGUUGCCCAAGUCAAUGCCAGCUCACCUGGCAUUCGGGUUGUCCUUGGCGGUACUUGCAUUCACAACAGUACUACCUUCUUAGAAGAAGUGGAAGAUGCUGUCGGCAACUGGCCUGAACCUCCUCCGACCACCGCGGCAGGACGGCUACGAGCUGAAAUUAACCGAUAA